UUUUUUUUUUCCUACAAAACAAAAUUUUUUUUUUCGUGGAGUCUGGUCUUGUUGCCCUUACAAAAAUUUAUAAAGAUCUCGAUCAUGGCUUUGGAACAAGGUAAUCGUGUCAAUUAUGACCGCACUACUCUUUUGGCUUUAGCUGGUAGUCAGUUCGCCAAGUUGCCUCCUGUAAAGAUGGCCUUUAUCCCUGGUGUCACUAGAACUCCCAACCAGAGUGAUGUUGUCAUGUCUUUCCGUAAGACCAAGGAUAGAAAGAAGGAAAAGGAGAAGGAGAAGAAGACAUUCAACCCUUUCGCCCUUCUUGGUGACGGUGACGAGUAAAUCACACAAUUGUCUUUUUUUUAGACAUUUUUCUUUUUUUUUUUUUAUAAAUUAAAAAAAAGAAAAGAACUUACAUUCAUUUCAUUGGGAUACCUCAGUUACGAUUAAAUUC